ACUCGCUCUGCUUCUUAAUCUCGUGGCCAAUUCGUUCCAAAAACCUAACCUUAAAACGCCAAAAAUCACGCUUUCGCAGGCUCACAUGUAACUCGUCAGCUACGACUUACCCUCCAGUCUUCUUCCCGCCACCACCGUCCUGGGAUAUGCCAUGAACCGGACUAGCGGGGAGUUUACCGUCAAGCUCAGUGGCGCGUGCAAAAUCAAGCUCCCGGCGGACAACUUCGUUGCCACCUACUCCGACACCCUCUCUUGGAAAAUCGUGUAGGGGUAAAUUGCGGAACUUGACGGAAUUAGGGUUCGCGCAUUCUUCAAGUGGUGGUCGAUCACCGGAAUCCGAUCCUCCGACGACGAUAUCGUCUUCGAGGUCGGCAUGGUGACGGCGAAAUAUCCAUUGAAGAAUUUUGAUGAUAGCCCCGCGUGCAGGGGCUAACACUCUUCUUGAGAAAAAUGAACAAUUACAACUUUUGCGACAACAGAUGGUUUGUCAGACACAAAGAAAGAAAAUGUUCUUCGAAGUAGGGUAAUGAAGAAAUGUGGGAUGUUAUAGGCAAUGAUGAAAUCAUGAAGUAGGAGAACAUGAACAAGUUGAAUACACUAAAGAUGGGGAAGAAAUUGUAAUAGAAGGUCAACAUGACUUGAUUGAUAUACAUAUUGAACACAAUGUCCAUGAAAUAUGAUUUAUUAGGAUACAAUUUAUGUUAUUGGUUUUCAGGUUGUUUAGUUUGUGUAAUGAAGAAUAUGUUGUAUUGUUUAAUGUUUAUGAAUAUAAUGAUUCAAUAUAAAA